GUGACGCACUGUCCAAAAUAACAGCAUGGCGUCCGGUCACUUGUGCAAGCUGCACGGUAUUUUAACUCGAUUUGCUUACGGUCCCGCACUGCGAAAUGGUCAAACUUGUAUUGUGUCUGUUCGACAGAAGUCCAGUGCCAACACACUUAAUGGCCCUAAUUGUAAAGUGGAAAUAGCCGUAACUUCAGAUGAGAAAACCAUUGUGUGCUACCAUCCUGCUGCUGACAUUCCUUAUGAGUUCACUCGGCCUAUUGAACGACCAGACCCAUUGACCGGCCCGGCAGAGUCUCAUGAUCAGGUUUUGAAGGCCCACCUGAGCAAUGAGCUGCUGAAGGUUAAAAAAGGCUACAUGAAGGGUAAAAAAGGCUCCACUGAAGAGGAACUGGGCAAGAUGUUUUUCACCACAAAACAUCGGUUUUAUCCAGUAGGACAGUUUCACAUGAGGCGUAUCAAGAAAACCCCCCCAAAGGACAGAUAAUUCAAGUUCCAAGUCUGUUUGUCUGUCAGUUUGCUUUUGUCUAAGUAUUGAAUAAUAAACUGCUCAAUAUUC